CGGAGUACGUGGGUGCUUCCGGGCGACCACGUUCAUGUCAAGAACUUGGAAUGGGGGCGUGCCAUUGAAAAAUUGUGCGGGGAGUACGCUAAGAGUGUCGGGCUUAAAGGCAUUCAGCUGAAGCCGGUGCUGUCCAAGUUGUGGCUGUUGGGCCCUGGGGGGUAUCUGGAAAGGCUGCGAGAUGAUGAAUCGAAGAGAUGUUGGGGAAAAUUGGUGUUGCAUCUGCCGUCGGAGGAGUAUCGCGGAGGGGAUUUGGUCGUUUAUGAAGGGGGGAAGGAGAAGUGCCGGUAUGGUUUCGGGAAGAAGACUGGAAUUGAGAGUCUCACGGCUCAGUACGCAGUGUAU